AUGGCUCUAAACCGGAAUCACUCGCAAAACGGCGGCGUUUUGAUAAACAACGAGAAAGGUGAUUUUGUUUCUUUUCUUUCCAGCGUUGUAAGGGACUGUAAGAAUGUGGAGCUGUCGUUCAGCGAUGUUUCCUGUAAGACAGACCUCCUGAAAGGGACCAAGAAGGGCACCGUGUACCUGACACCAUACAGGAUGGUGUUUGUGUCCAGUAACAUUAAGGACUGCAUGGGGUCGGCCAUGUUCCCGUACUAUCUGAUGAAGGGCUGCAGCAUUGAGCAGCCGGUCUUUGCAGCUAACUUCAUUAAAGGGACGGUGUCGGCCGAGCCUGGCGGUGGCUGGGAGGGUCAGGCCCAUUUCAAAAUGUCGUUCCCAAGCGGAGGCGCCAUCGAGCUCGGGCAGCAUCUCUUCAAACUGGCCACAAACGCUUCUCGUGCUCCUCCGGCCCAGAACGGCGCCUCCUCUUUCGGGUACCCAUCUCCUGGAAUGAUGAACGGCUACGGCCCGCCUUCUCAAGCUCCUCCCGCCUAUCCUUUCCCCCCCCCUCCUCCUCAGCAGAAUGGAUUCUACCAAGGCCCUCCCCCGGCGCCAACCAACAUGGGUUACCCCUCUCCAACACCUGCUGCAGGUAACGUUCAGAUGUUUGAAGUUUUGACAGUCGUGUGUCAGAUUCUACUGAAGGAGGCGACGGAGAAAAGAAGUGUAUGAUCACGUUCAGUUAGGGGGGUUUGAC